CAGCCCAAUUUCGGGCGCUGGCGUUCAUUCUCUCUCUCUCUCUCUCUCUCUCUCUCAAUCUGCGCAGUUCCUUCUUCUGCUGCACCCCCCCCGGCUGUCGCUCGGUGGCCACUGAUCCCUCGACUACUUCCGCGUCUUCUCCUCUCUGUCCUAGCCGUUGGCGAUUUCUGGUUAGCUGCCCAAGUUCUUCAGUAGCUGCAGCCGCGUGUUUUUUCCAAGUUGAAGUGAAAAAGUUAGUUGCUAUUGGUGUAUAGAUAAUAGAACUGACAGAUUGAUAGGCAGAGAGGCUUAAGGGUUUUGCUGGGAUGGCGGGGUACGUUGGGGGGGAGUCAUCUUCUUCGCAGCAGCAGCAGCAAGAGGAUGUCGGGGUUGGGGGUCGGUGGUACAUGUCUAGAAAGGAAAUCGAAGAGAACUCUCCGUCGAGAAGGGACGGGAUUGACCUCAAGAAGGAGACUUAUCUCCGCAAGUCAUACUGCACCUUCUUGCAGGAUCUUGGGAUGAGGCUUAAAGUACCGCAAGUAACAAUAGCUACAGCAAUAAUCUUUUGUCAUCGAUUUUUCCUCCGACAAUCUCAUGCAAGGAAUGACAGAAGGACUAUCGCGACUGUGUGCAUGUUCCUUGCUGGGAAGGUUGAAGAGACUCCCCGUCCACUAAAGGAUGUCAUUCUUGUUUCCUAUGAAAUAAUCCACAAGAAGGAUCAAACUGCAGCUCAGAGGAUCAAACAGAAGGAAGUGUAUGAACAGCAGAAGGAGCUAAUUUUGUUAGGGGAGAGGGUUGUGCUUGCAACUCUGGGUUUUGACUUAAAUGUCCACCACCCCUACAAGCCUCUGGUCGAAGCAAUAAAAAAGUUUAAAGUUGCACAAAACGCACUUGCUCAAGUUGCUUGGAAUUUCGUUAAUGAUGGGCUGAGGACCUCGCUCUGCCUGCAAUUUAAGCCCCAUCACAUUGCAGCAGGUGCCAUUUUCCUUGCCGCCAAGUUCCUGAAAGUGAAGCUCCCCUCGGAUGGUGAGAAGGUCUGGUGGCAAGAAUUCGAUGUCACCCCCCGUCAAUUGGAAGAGGUUAGCAAUCAAAUGUUGGAACUUUAUGAGCAAAACAGGGUCCCUCCGUCACAGGGAAGUGAAGUUGAAGGAAGUACUGCUGAUGGUGGUGGUGGUGGAUCAGUACACCGGGCAUCGUCGAAAGUUUCAUCUUCUCACGAGGAGCACGCUUCGAAGCAAGUAUCUUCUCGGGCACCACCUGACCAUUUUGUCGCCGAAAGUCAUGGGGCCCCAGCAAAAGCUACACAGAACCAAAAUAACGGACAUGGAAGUGUGCGUAGUGAUAUUACUGAUCACAAGGUCGAUGCUGAACCUAAAGAUGAUGGCCUGCAUCAUCAUCAUUAUCAUCCCGAGCACUUGUCCAUUAAGGAGGACACGAGCGAAGUGAUUAAUAGAUCUAAGGAACGUAUAGAGGGUGAAGAUCACCAUGAAAGAAAUGGAAGAAGAAAUGAACCCGUUGAAGCAGGGGAAUGGGUGGAAGAUGCCACCUCGCGUAAACCCUGCAGUGUGGUUGGUCGGCAUUUAGAGCUCCGGGAAGGAUCAGUGGGGCAGUCUCCCAAGGAACCGAUUAAGAUAGACAAGGACAAGGUGAAGGCGGCGCUUGAGAAGAGGAGAAAGGUCCGCGCCGAGAUGACCAAGAAGAAGGAUGUGAUGGAUGAGGAUGAUCUCAUUGAGAGGGAGCUUGAAGAUGGCAUCGAGUUAGCCCCCGAGGACGAGAAGAGGCGGGAGAGGAGGCUGAGCUUGCCUAAGACCGAGCGCUCUUCUGACCAUGGAAGGGAGCAUGACGAGAUUGGAGGAGACAGAAAAGCUGUGAAAGGGCAGCUUCCAAGGAGAGCAGAAGUAGAUAACCCGGAAGAAGGGGAAAUGUUUGAAGAUACUUCUCCCAUGCCAAACAGCCGCAAGAGGAAAGGUAGCCCAUCAGAGAGACAGAUGGAGGGAAAGAAGCGGCAUGAUUACUCAUCGAGUCAUAAUGGGGAAGACGGGCAUAGGGCUGGUCGAUUCGGAUAUGCAGAUAAGGAGCAUAGAAGGCAUGAGCAUGAAUAGCCAUCCCUGAAUGAAAGUAAUCAAGCUUUGGGCAUAAUUGGGAUCUCACUCAAAGAGAGCCUCAAGAGGCACAUGACUGUCCUCGAACUUCGUGGUGGCGGAGAGUAUUGUGCAGGUUAGAAGCCACCCUGUUAUCCUGUCUUUGUUUUCUUAAAGAUCAGAUAAAAGAGAUCGGCCGCACGAAGUUUACAUAUUUAAGUCUACCAUACCAGGGUUCUGCAGUGAAGCCUAUCUCUGCAUUACAGCCCAUCUGUCUCGAGAUUGAACCGUUGUGAUAUAUGUAACCCAAGUGCCAAUGGUUAAUAUAUGCAGUCAGGUCUUGGGGUAAGAAUCAACAAUUUUGUGCAUUUUUAAAACUUUGUUAUUACUAGAUGAGCAGCGAUUUGAACUACUUUGAGAUGGAGGUUAGCUGAAUUUUGGCAAUAUCCCAAUUGAAAUUGUUCGUAAGAGAUUGACUGUUUCAAUUUGGAUGUUUUCUUUUACGAUAGAUAGACUACAGGUGACUUGAAUGCCAAGGUAUUGAGCUCAUGUUUUAUGCAA